AUGACACACGGCUCCGUGCUGUUCUUGGUGGCCUCGGCCCUUCGCGCAGCGGCGCAAGGCGGCGGAGGAGCGGGCGGACCACCAGGAGGAGCCGGCGGACCACCAGGAGGAGGAGGAGCAGGCGGAGGCGUCGCGUUGGAGGAGCCGCACAUCACCAUCAAUUCCGAUGUGGAGUGCAGGACGAAUGCGGCCGGCCCACAGACCAUUACCGGGUACAUCUACUGCGACAACUACUUUGAGUUCUGGUUCAAUGGAGUCCUCGUGAAGAAGGACCCGAUGACCUUCACUCCGCACAACGCGGUUGCCGUCUCGUUCGAGUGGGACGGGGUUUCCGACAAGGAGUACGCGAUUAUGUGCAUGGACUACGCAAGCAGCUCCGGGUACGAGUACGUGGAGACUUCGAGCCCGGGGCUUGGCGACGGGUCGCUCAUGGCGGAGUUUUCGGAUGGCACUGUGACGAGCGCUGCUUGGAACGUCUUCGUGCUGACCAUGGGGCCGACCGACGCCUCCAUCACAGCAGGCUGCAGCAGCAGCAAUCUGGCGCCAUGUGCGGUCGUUUCCACACCAGAGCCCGCAGGAUGGAUGGCUGGUGGCUAUCAGGGUAGCGGCGGGUGGAUAUCGGCGACCGAGUACUCCGCCGCGCAGGCGGGUUGGGGCAGGACACCGACGUGGGACGCGACGCUGAAGUGCUGCGGUACGGCCACCAGCCCGGCGACGCAGGAGACACUGACCAACAACGGCGGCUGCUCCGUGAACUACGAGAGCGCCACCCCAGCCGGGGCUGCUGUUACGGUGGCGGAAGAUGAGUGCUUGGAUCCCAAGGCCUUCUUGUCAGAGACCAGGUCGAAGAUGAUCUGGUCCGCCGACUUGGAGCGGGACAACAAGCUCCUGUUCCGCAUCACCGUGCCUGCCAAUGCGUCGACGGUGGUGCAAUGCCCCACGUGCAGUGCGCCAACGGUUGAUCAAAGCGCACAACGAGUGCGCAGGGAGUUGCGAACACUCAGCGCGGCAGAGUGGAAGAAGGUGACGGACGCCAUGUGGGUCAUGAAGAACACGGCCCAGGCGGCCGGUGUCGAGACAUAUGGCCAGGCGUUCCGUACCUAUGACCACUUCCCAGCCAAGCACGCCGCAGCGUAUGCCGACGCACGCGGGGACCAGGCUCACUUCGGACCUCAGUUCAUGACUUGGCACAGCGCCUUCAUCUUAGAGUUCGAGAAUGCGCUGCUGAGUGUGGACAGCACAAUCGGUGCCUUGCCAUACUGGGACUCAACAGUGACCUCUCCGUCCAUCUUCUCGGAGACUUACUUCGGAAGUGCUCCUGGCACGGGCUCCGGCUCUCAGGUUGUCGACGGUGUCUUUCUGAACUGGCCGAUCAAGUCGAGUUUUUCCUUGUCCGAUUACAACCCAACCGGCAGCUCUCCAUACACUGGCUCGCCCACGGGAAUGCUGCGGGGCUCCACCAACAACAAUGCGAACGCGAUGAUGACGCGCUUCGGCUCGGGCACGUAUUCCUUCGGCGCCAACGAAUUCUGGAUCUGCGCGAACUUGGAUGGGUUUUGGUAUGACUGGUACAAGUGCGUGGAGGGUGAUGCCACUGUCACUGGGAGCUUCCACGGAGGGCCACAUGGCCAGGUGGGCGGAAGCUCGGGUGGCAACAGCGGCGACUUCGAGGACCCCAUCACGUCGCCGAAUGACCCGCUCUUCUUCUUUCAUCACGCAGGGGUGGACCGCAGCAUGCGUUGGUGGAUGCUGCAGAACGCAGCCAAGCGCAGCACCUUCUACGGCUUCCCCGCAGCGAACACUGAAGGGAUCCGCGAGAAUGCGGGGAAGAGCUAUUACGGGCAGAGCCUCCUUGACGUGAUGUCAAGCGCGUGGGGUUUCACCGCCGCUGACCUGGGCUUCGGCAGCUCCUCCAGCCUCCAGACCAACGCGGACCUGCUGUGCCACAACGGCCCCACCACGAGUGUCUACACCUAUGACUCGGAGGUGGCCUGCUCUGGAGGAAGCUCCGCCUGCUCGGCGGUCUGGGGCGACACCACAACGGCUUCGGGUGCUACGACGACAGAGGCUUCGGGCGAUACCACGAUGACAGAGACCAAUGCCCAGGUUGCCAACGCGGGGCAACGGCACACAGCCGCGGUCUUGAUCUCAGGUUUUGUUGUGGCCUUGGCCGCCAAUUAA